GCGCCGGGCACAGGGCGCGCAGAUCGAGAAUCGCUGGCUGCCGGCCAUAGCCCAGAGUAGCGACCCCCGGAGAGGCCCUCGCCUCCAGAGUUAAACACACCCCCUCCGCUGCGAGCGCCCCUGCGGCUCGGGCCAUGAGCAUCGGGCACUUCACCGUGUGGGACUAUGUGGUGUUCGGGGCCAUGCUGCUGGUCUCCGCGGUCAUCGGCGUGUACUACGCCUUCGCGGGCGGCGGCCAGCAGACCUCCAAGGACUUCCUGAUGGGCGGCCGCAGCAUGAGCGCCCUGCCCGUGGCGCUGUCCCUCACCGCCAGCUUCAUGUCGGCGGUCACCGUGCUGGGCACCCCGGCGGAGAUCUACCGCUACGGGGCCAUAUUCUGCAUCUUCGCCAUCACCUACUUCCUGGUGGUGCUCAUCAGCGCCGAGGUCUUCCUGCCCGUCUUCUACAGGCUGGGGAUCACCAGCACCUACGAGUAUCUGGAGCUUCGAUUUAAUAAAUAUCUGCGUCUUUGUGGGACAAUCCUCUUCAUUAUACAAACGAUUUUAUACACUGGAAUUGUUAUUUAUGCUCCAGCUCUGGCACUGAACCAAGUCACAGGAUUUGACUUGUGGGGUGCAGUGAUCGCAACUGGAAUAGUCUGUACCUUCUAUUGCACACUGGGUGGUCUAAAGGCAGUAGUCUGGACAGAUGUUUUCCAGGUUGGAAUCAUGGUAGCUGGAUUUUCAUCUGUAAUUAUACGUGCUGUGGUGGUUCAAGGGGGAAUCGGCCGCAUUCUAAACGAUUCCUACCAUGGAGGAAGAUUAAACUUCUGGGACUUUAAUCCCAACCCGUUGCAAAGACAUACCUUCUGGACAAUUCUCAUAGGUGGGACCUUCACCUGGACUGGCAUAUAUGGGGUCAACCAAUCUCAAGUUCAGAGAUACAUUGCCUGCAAAACCAAGUUCCAAGCAAAAUUAUCUCUCUAUAUCAACCUCUUGGGACUCUGGGCGAUUCUUGUCUGUGCAAUGUUUUGCGGACUAGCAAUGUACUCCAUAUACCAAGAUUGCGACCCAUGGACAGCAAAGCGCGUGUCAGCACCAGACCAGCUCAUGCCAUAUCUGGUAUUGGAUAUUCUACAAGAUUUUCCAGGGGUACCAGGGCUUUUCGUGGCUAGCGCCUACAGUGGGACAUUAAGCACAGUGUCCUCCAGCAUCAAUGCUUUAGCGGCUGUAACUGUUGAGGAUCUCAUUAAACCUUACUUCCGCUCCCUCUCCGAAAAGAAACUAUCUUGGAUUUCCAAGGGGAUGAGUCUUUUUUAUGGAGGAGUGUGUAUUGCCAUGGCUGCUGUGGCAUCCCUUCUGGGCGGUUUGUUACAGGCAGCUCUCAGUAUUUUUGGCAUGGUUGGUGGCCCUCUUCUAGGACUGUUUUCUUUGGGAAUCCUCUCCUCCUUCGCAAACCCCAUCGGUGCAUUUGUAGGACUUAUUGGGGGCUUUACUGUUUCACUCUGGGUUGGCAUUGGGGCUCAGAUUUACCCUCCGCUCCCUGAGAGAACUAUGUCAUUAAAUCUCACAACUAUCGGCUGCGACAUAGGCAGCCCAGGAACAGGAGGCAACUGGACUGCAACAACCGAAAUGCCAACUUUAACAACCCUUGUACACCUGCAAGGCACUGAAAGACCUGUCCUGGCUGAUUAUUGGUAUUCCUUGUCGUAUCUGUACUUCAGCACAGUUGGGACCCUGGUUACAAUAGCUUUGGGAAUGAUUGUCAGCCUCUUAACAGGAGGAAUAAAGCAGAACAUAGAUCGUAAAUUCUUGCUGACCAAGGAGGAUUUACUGUCCAGCUUCUCAUUUUCUAAACCCAAGACAAAUGAAAAAGUGGAAGUUUUGAACUGGAAACCUUUCACCAUGGCAGAUGAAGGAACCGACAAUCCUGUUUUCAACCACAUUGAAAUGAACAUCACAGAAAAUAAAGAAAAAGUCAAUGGUGCCCAUGUAUGACUUAAGAGGACAGUGUUAAAGACAUUGCCAGCAUUCCUGUGAAGAGUUAGUUACCCACCCUACCUGGGGUUACGUGCAGUAAUCCCUACUAAAAAUCCAUCACCACAUUGGAAUGACCUUGCCAUUAAGACUGAUUCCAAGAAAGGAAUCAGAGCAUAUUGGCCCAAAGAAAAGGUGGGUAGUGGGUACUUCUUCAUAACAUACAACUCUGCUUAUUUUGGGAGACCUUCCAAAAGGCAUGCAUCUGUGCCUGUGACAGAAGUGAACGUGAACUAAGAGCAAGCGAACUUUAAGCAUCCUCAAAUGUGGAGAAUGUUUUGUGUUACCUCCAAUGAUUACACCCAUUGAGCACAGCAAGAAACAAAUGAUAUUGGCUUGGUAUUUAUUUAUCAUGUGCAUAGUUGUCUAGCCAAGCGCUGGCUUGGUAAACAACUGCUUUUCUCAAUCCACUGAAUGACACAUUCAGUUCAGUGACAAUCCACUGAACGACACUGAAUGACAAUCGACUGAAUGACAGAUUCAGUUCUAAGAUAUCAAGAUGGAUCCUUCUCUCCCCAGAAUAAUUCCAAUGACUGCUGUGGAGCUGCUCCUAAUUUACACUGCUGAAAGUGAAAACAGAAUCAGGCCUCUGCCUCUUAUAGGGGACCUUUAUAGGGCGGACUAAAGCCGACGUUUCUAUGUGAAAUUGUCAUUCAGUAUUGGUUUGGACUCCUAUAAAAAAUAUUUACAUUCAA